UGUGUGUGACAUCUCUCUCUCUCUCUGAGAGUUUUGUAAGAGAGGGGGACUUGUUAUUCCAGGUCUUUGAGCCACAAAGGGUAAUAACUUCUGGAGACCCCAUUGUUAAUAAAUGCUCAUCCAUGUGAGAGAGCCGGGAGAACAGGGGAUCAUUUCAUUUUUCUCGUGUGUGCCUAUCUCUCUCCGCUAUAUAUCAUCCUCCUUCAUCACUCAGAUAUGCUCAACUUGUAACAUUUCUACAACUGUAGCCAGAAGACCAUUCCUUUGUGCUCUUAUGACAAAAUGGGUAGAUCACCGUACUGCGACAAAUUGGGCUUGAAGAAAGGGCCUUGGACCCCAGAAGAAGACCAAAAACUUUUGGCUUAUAUUGAAGAACAUGGACAUGGAAGUUGGCGUUCAUUGCCGGAGAAAGCUGGUCUACAUCGAUGCGGGAAGAGUUGCAGACUAAGAUGGACUAACUACUUGAGACCAGACAUCAAAAGAGGCAAAUUCAACUUGCAAGAAGAACAAACCAUCAUUCAACUCCAUGCUCUCUUAGGAAACAGGUGGUCGGCGAUUGCGACUCAUCUGCCGAAGAGAACAGACAACGAGAUCAAGAACUAUUGGAACACUCAUUUGAAGAAACGGUUGGUAAAAAUGGGGAUUGAUCCAGUGACUCAUAAACCUAAAAACGAGACUCCUCUUGGUUUAUCCAAGAACGCAGCGACGCUUAGCCACAUGGCUCAGUGGGAAAGUGCUAGGCUUGAAGCUGAAGCAAGGUUUGCUAGAGAAUCUAAGCUUCUUCACUACCAAACCAAACCAUCAUCCCAUCAUCAUCAUGGAUUCACUCAUAAGACAUUGUUAACCACUUGGACAACAAAAACAAACCAAGAUCAACAACAACUUGAAUCUCCGACAUCAACAGUGUCAUUCUCUGACAUGAAAGAACCAUCGAACAGAGUGUCCGCGAAGAUGGAGUUCACUGGAUCAUCCACGGGUCUGGCUCUGAUGAAAGAACACGAAAAUGAUUGGAUCAGUACAACGAUUUUCGAAGCCACGCAGAUGGAGGAAGGAGUCGAAGAAGGCUUCACGGGUCUCUUGCUAGGAGGCGAUACACUAGGACGGAGUUUCUCCGCCGAUAAAAACGAGAGGGACGGAGAGAAUAGUGGUGGUGAGUGCAACAACUAUUUCGAGGACAACAAGAACUAUUUGGACAGCAUUUUCAACUUUGUUGGUCCUUCGCCGUCCGAUGCUCCGCCCAUGUUUUAAAUCAAAGGGUUGAUAUUUCUCCGGGAAUGUUUUCGAUUUUUUUUUAGUUUCUAGUAGUUGUAUGAACCCAAUCAUAUGAUCGAUCUUUCAUAUGAGAACUUUCAGAAGAAUGAAUACAGUUCAUAAUA